AGAUCAGUUUGACAACUAUUUGUUCGAAAAGUUUAUUGUUUGUAAAUACUGCACGUGGUAAUUUUGUUAAAUAACAAAAUACUGCUCCUAUUAUUCUAAAUUUUGAUAAAUUUAUCCUCAUAAGGAUGGAUCCUGGCAUUUGCUAUAUAAAAAAGCAAUUUCUUUCAGAAAAUGAAUCUUACGAAAACGAAAAAACAAGUUUAAAAAGAUGCUUAGAUUUAGAUGCGAAUUCAAAUGGCACAACAGAGACCAAAAUUCAAAAACGGGAACAUCCUAAAAAAUUAAAAAGCAAAGGUAUGAACAAAAGUCGUCCUGUAUUCAAAGAAGAUAGAAGUACCGCCUUAUGUAAAGUUUAUGUUAAUGGGCCAACAAAUGAUAUCUGCGAAUUUAAAAAUUGCGUUUAUUCCCAUAAUAUAGAAGAAUAUAUGAAAAAUAAGCCAGAAGAUAUUUCCGAAGUUUGUUAUGUUUAUUCAGUUAAAGGGUUUUGUCCAAGAGGACUUACAUGUAGAUUUUCAAAGUCACACAUAGAUGAAAACUUUAACAACAAAAAAAGUGAAUUCUUUGUUGAACCUUCAAAUAUUAGAUCAAAAAAUGGAUUAACUAGUGACCUUCAAGUGAAAUUGCGGAAAUAUAGUUAUGAUUUUUCAAAAGCUAAAAGCUUAGUAAAAGUAUUUGAUAAAAACGAUGAUCAGGCAGUUGGAGAUCACUCAGAAAAAGACAAUGUACGUGAUACAAAUAAAUUGGUUGGAUGCAUCGUUGAAGACGAAAAAAGAAAAUGCAAAAGUGAGAAGUUUCGUAACAAAUUGUUUUUAAGUCCACUUACAACAGUAGGAAAUUUACCAUUUAGGAGAAUAUGCAAAGAAUAUGGUGCUGAUAUAACAUGUGGCGAAAUGGCUUGUUCAGUUCCUCUAGUCAAAGGAUUAUCGCAAGAGUGGGCAUUGACAAAACGUCACGAAUCCGAAGAUAUUUUUGGUGUGCAAGUAUGUGGAAAUUCUGCUCAAAUAAUAGCACAGUCAGUUCAACUUGUUAGCGAGAAUGUUGACGUUGAUUUUAUUGAUCUCAAUAUUGGUUGCCCAAUUGAUUUGAUUUACAAGUCUGGCGGGGGUAGCGCUUUAAUAAGAAGAACUAAACUUUUAGAAACUAUUACCAGAAGUUGCAGCACACUAUUAGAAGAUAUACCAUUUACAGUGAAAACCCGAACCGGUAUUUAUGCCGAUAAAAGCGUGGCUCACGAAUUGUUACCGAAACUUGAAAAUUGGGGUGCAGCUGCCAUAACUUUACAUGGACGCUCAAGGGAGCAAAGAUAUACUAAAUUGGCGAAUUGGGAAUAUAUCGAAGAGUGUGCUCAAAAAGUUAAUAUUCCAGUAAUUGGAAAUGGCGACAUAAUAAAUUUUUUAGAUUACAAUGAAAAAAAAGAAUUGGCUCCACAUGUGUCCUCAAUAAUGAUAGGAAGAGGCGCCUUAAUCAAACCAUGGAUAUUCAAGGAAAUUAAAGAGCAAAAACAUUUCGACAUAACAAGUUCGGACCGAUUUGAGAUAUUAAAACGUUAUACAAAUUAUGGGCUUGAGCAUUGGGGUUCUGAUACUAGAGGAGUUGAGACAACAAGGAGGUUUUUGUUAGAAUGGUUAUCCUUUUUAUAUCGGUACGUGCCAUACAAUUUAAUUGAACAUCCGCCCCAAAAAAUUAAUCAAAGGCCCCAAAAGUAUUGUGGACGGGAUGAACUUGAAACUCUAAUGUCUUCGCCUAAUUGUAGUGAUUGGAUAAAAAUUAGUGAAAUGUUGCUAGGAAAGGUUCCAGAUGGUUUUCAGUUUUUACCAAAACACAAAGCUAAUUCUUAUUAGAUUUUUUUUUUGUUCAUUUUUGUUCUAAUUUUAAUAUUUUUUUAAAAUGCAUUUUUACAGUAAUUUUGUUAAUAUUAUUUAUUAUCUUCAAAACAUAAUUUUUUUUUGUAAUGUUGUAAUUAAAAACUGCCAAAAAAAGAUCCCUCCGUUACGAGAAAUGCAAUUUUAUCGCAUCGGAAAAA